AUGCUGCUCAGCUCUGGGCCUGACCAAGAAAAACAAAGUUUAGCAUAUCAAGAGCUCGACUUUGCACCUUUCGACACUUCUACGAUCGGAUCGCGUCUCGGGGACUUCCGCCAGCCUAUAUGCGGUGGUGAGAUGCUGGCGGGUCGCCCAAAGUCCAUUGCUUCUGCUACGGGUCUAGGUUUCCCGGCUGGUGCUUCUAUCAACUUGGCGGAUGUCGCUCAAGACGUUCACUGGCGAAUGCUAAGUUUUCAGCCCAACGCCACGACGAGGCUACUGAUCUGGAUGCUGAUAACCACGCAGCAGGAGAGCGAAUCCCCUCUCGUGGCGCUGACGCGUGAUUACAUCUGUCGACACAGUAUGGAUACUCGAAGUCCCAAUACUUCGCUUUCGCUCACUUCGCCUUUGAAAGAAGUGGACGAGGACAUUGGGCAUUUGCCUAUCCCAUCUGGCCCCCAAAACGAGCCUGAGGACCCACACGGUCCGGCCAAUGACGGGGAAGACACAUAA